AAAUUAGAUUUUUAAAGUUUAUUUUGUCGCCCCCCACCACCACCACCAGUGCGCACUGUCGCUACGCGCAGAGUGCGUACGUGCGGCGCAGCUUUGGUUUUGCGCUCGAGGUGGAGUUUUGUGCCACAUCGCGCCCAUUGGGUCCAAUUCAACAAGGUUGGAAGAAAGAAAAAAGAAAAAUCAACUCAAACUGAAGCCAUCGCACGAAUUUACACCGACAAGACUUGCGCCUCUGGGAAACAUUCAGGUGAACCCGCUCCUUCUGCGCUCCAACAACUUUUCCGACGCUCUCUGCGCAAAUCUAGGCAGGAUUUCUUUCUUUUCUUUUUUACCAACCCGAUCUUUCUCCGCUGAAAUCUUGAGAAAUGUCUCGUAAGAAGGCUUCCAGAGGCAAAACAGCAGCAGCAGCAGCAGCAGCCAGCCCCGCCGGGAAAGCUGCGCGGAGCAGCGCCGGGAUCGCGCAGAUGAACGGCGUGGUCCAUCCGAGCAGACCGCCCAUCAGCAGGAGCAACGAGUUCUACGACAUCGCCUUCAAGGUGAUGCUGGUUGGAGACUCUGGUGUGGGGAAAACCUGCCUCCUGGUCCGAUUUAAAGAUGGAGCCUUCCUGGCCGGAAGCUUCAUCUCCACUGUGGGCAUUGACUUUAGGAAUAAGGUGUUAAACAUUGAUGGAGUCAAGGUGAAGCUGCAGAUCUGGGACACAGCUGGACAGGAACGUUUUCGCAGUGUCACUCAUGCCUACUACCGUGAUGCACAUGCUCUUCUGCUGCUGUAUGAUGUCACCAACAAAACAUCUUUUGACAACGUACAGGCAUGGCUGACUGAGAUCCAUGAGUACGCCCAGCAGGAUGUGGUGCUGAUGCUGCUUGGAAACAAGGCUGAUGCCACUCAUGAGAGGGUGGUGAAGAGAGAAGAUGGUGAGAGACUUGCCAAGGAGUUUGGAGUUCCCUUCAUGGAGACAAGCGGUAGGUCUGGUCUCAACAUCGAGCUGGCCUUCAAUGCUGUGGCCAAGGAACUGAAGCACAGGUCUACCAAGGAUCCCAGCGAGACAUUUAAGCUCCACGACUAUGUGAACAAAGAGAAGAAGAACACAAGCUGCUGCCGAUCUUAAAGGCCAUGCUGCUCGCUUUGUGCGAUUCGCUGCGUGCACGUGAAAGGCAGCUGUGUCACUCAUCUUCAUUUCGUACAUGUCCAUGUUAUGUCACAAUAUGGUUAAAACGUCACAGGAGUCAGCUUCAGCGAGGUAUGAACCAACAUCCUUUUGGUCCUAUGACUGUUAGUGUAACCACAAUUUUUUUUUUUUUUUUUGGUCUCAAAAUAUUUCGAACAUCCUAUGAGAGAACAUUCCCUUUCAUCACUGUAGCUUCACAAUAAUGUAUAUGAUGCAGUGAAAACUGUUGCUACAAAGAUUAUCACACACUUGUGGAUUAUUUGGUGACAUUAACGCACAGUAUUGUGAUACAAUACAGGCUGAUAAAGGCAAUUUUCUAAUCCGGAGAUCGCAUGUUAUACAUCAUAUCGUCACACAUGAGCUACAUGAUAACUCGCCAAACUAGCUUGAAUUGUCAUGCUUAACCGACUGUA